CGCGACUAGCGAAGUGACGCAAGGCGCCUGCGCCCUGGACCCUGCUCGACCUCUAGGACUUACCCAGGAAGCAACGCUUCUGUGUCAGGUCAACAUGGCGGGCCGGCCAGCUGUUUCAGCAUCAAGCAGGUGGCUGGAGGGUAUUCGAAAAUGGUAUUACAACGCUGCCGGGUUCAAUAAACUGGGCUUAAUGCGAGAUGACACAAUACAUGAGAAUGACGAUGUAAAAGAAGCCAUAAGAAGGCUUCCUGAGAACCUGUAUAACGACAGAGUGUUUCGCAUUAAGAGAGCACUGGACCUCAGCAUGAGGCAGCAGAUCCUGCCUAAAGAGCAGUGGACAAAAUAUGAGGAGGAUAAAUUCUACCUUGAACCAUAUCUGAAAGAGGUUAUUCGGGAAAGAAAAGAGAGAGAAGAAUGGGCAAAGAAAUAAUUUAGUAGUCUAAAUCUGUGGGUACAGCUGUUCUCAAGUAUUUUUAUGAAGUUGGUUAAACCUGAAGUGUACAAUGUAGAACUAUUUGGGCUGUAAAUGUAUUACUUUAAAUAAAUAUCAUAAUUACUGUUGGA